UUAUUCUUUUCAUCCAGAUUGAUAAGUUUAAUUGUUUUAUGAUUAUGACCCUACACUGCCCAUUAUGACAUCACUAGUGCAAUAUGUGGUGGUACGAGGUGACUUGUAUCAUAAAAUGAAAUGGCCCAUUGGUGCCAUGAUUGCGCAAGCGUGCCACGCGUGCACCUCUAUUAUAUGUUUAUACAAAGACGAUCCCAAUGUAUUGGAAUACACAGCAGAUCUGGAUAACAUGAGAAAAGUAGUGUUGGAGGCAAAAGAUGAGGAGAAUCUUUGCUCCCUUGCGGAAGCUCUCCAACAGAAUGAUGUUGAUUCUAAACUAUGGAUUGAACAACCAGAGAACAUUGCUACAUGUCUAGUGACUAAACCUUAUAAGAAAGAAGAUGUGCAAAGAUUUUUUAAAAAUUUAAAACUUUUUAAAUAAAUUUUGCGAACUUUUGUGAUACUGCUAUCAUAGGUGCUCUCUGGCUGUUAUUUAGUUCAUAAAGUUCUUUACUUCUUUCUCUCUGGCGCCAAAAAUUUAUAAAAUUCAGAGGUAGGCAGGGGUAGUUUCACAUACCCUACCACCCCAGGUUUGGCGCCUAUAUUUUCUAUUGCUUUAUACACAAAACUGUUCCAAAAAGAAAACAUGAAUCUGUGUCUGCUGCUUUAUAUUCAAAGUUGAAACAAUUUUGAAGUUGCUAAACAUAUCGUUGUAUAAUGGUAAGGUAAUUUGGGAUUCUUUAUGUGCAUAGCAGCUUGACACCAUGUUGUUACUUCAUAAAUUAUCAAACACGCAA